CGCCCCCCCCGCAUGCAGCCCCGCGGCGCCCCCCCCGCACACGCCCAGCCGCGGGGCCGCCUCCCGGCAUGAGGAGCUGCAAGAUGGUGCGGGUGGCCAGCGUGCUGGGGCUGGUGAUGCUGAGCAUCGCGCUGCUCAUCCUCUCCCUCAUCAGCUACGUCUCGCUCAAGAAGGACAACAUCUUCGGCGCGCCCCGCGCCGCCGGCCCGGGGGGGCCCCGCAUGUACAUGUUCCACGCGGGAUUCAGGUCGCAGUUCGCGCUGAAGUUCCUGGACCCCUCGUUCGUGCCCAUCACGAACUCCCUGAGCCACGAGCUGCAGGAGAAGCCCUCCAAGUGGGUGUUCAACCGGACCGCCUUCGCGCACCAGAGGCAAGAAAUCCUUCAGCAUGUCGAUGUCAUAAAAAAUUUUUCUUUGACCAAGAAUAGUGUCCGGAUCGGCCAGCUGAUGCAUUAUGAUUAUUCCAGCCAUAAGUACGUUUUUUCUAUCAGCAAUAACUUCAGAUCGCUGCUUCCAGACGUGUCUCCGAUCCUCAAUAAGCAUUACAACAUCUGUGCCGUGGUUGGAAACAGCGGGAUCCUGACCGGGAGUCAGUGCGGACAAGAAAUAGACAAAUCUGAUUUUGUUUUUCGUUGCAAUUUUGCUCCCACUGAGGCAUUCCAAAAAGAUGUUGGAAGGAAAACCAAUCUCACAACCUUCAACCCCAGCAUCCUGGAGAAGUAUUACAACAAUCUCUUGACCAUUCAGGAUCGCAACAACUUCUUUUUAAGUCUCAAAAAGCUCGAUGGAGCCAUUCUGUGGAUCCCGGCUUUCUUCUUCCACACAUCAGCAACGGUCACAAGAACACUGGUUGACUUCUUUGUUGAGCACAGAGGGCAACUAAAGGUCCAGUUGGCUUGGCCAGGAAAUAUAAUGCAACAUGUGAACAGAUACUGGAAAAACAAACACCUGUCACCCAAGCGGCUGAGCACAGGUAUUCUCAUGUAUACACUCGCUUCUGCCAUAUGCGAAGAGAUUCACUUGUACGGAUUCUGGCCGUUCGGGUUUGACCCCAACACGAGGGAAGACCUCCCAUACCACUACUAUGAUAAGAAAGGAACAAAGUUCACAACCAAGUGGCAGGAGUCCCACCAGCUGCCUGCAGAGUUCCAGCUGCUCUACAGGAUGCACGGUGAAGGACUGGCCAAACUGACCUUGUCGCAUUGUGCCUAAGAACCUAAUCUCGAAGUGCCAAAUGAUUGUCUAAAAAGUGCCCAAAUCUGAGUUAAACAUUCUUCAGAUACAAUUCUAAAAAAAAAAUAAUAAUAAUAAUACCCACCCUAAAAUAUUUUCCAUAAUAGAAAGAUGCUUUUUAAUCACCCUUGUCACUGUUCAUCAAAGGGUUUCAGCAUAUUUAGCAGUGCAGAAGCAUUUAUCAAAUUCUGUGGAUGCUAAUCAUGCAGCAGCACAGCAAAGUUGAAAUAUUUUGCAUUUAUAUAUAUGCUAUGAAGUAUGUUUUAAAAUCUUUUCCUAUUUCAGCAUUCCACUAAAUGCCUCAAAACAUCUUAAGUCGAUUGUUCCUUUCAGAUUAGAAUUAGGAGUGCUAAUUUUAAAAGGUAUCGCUUCUCUCGUAUCCAUUGCUAUGAGUAGCUCAGCAUCCAUCUACUUGGUGUGGCAGACUGGAAAAGCCACCCAGAAUCGCAGUGUAUCAUCGCUGACGAGUUCUUCAGCGCGGAUCCCAAAUUUCCACAGCUUGCGUAUUUUCGUAUUUACUGAAUUUUACAUUUUUUUAAGACCUCGCGGAGAAGGUGAAAAUACGGCUUGUACUUUAGCUAGGCAUUUCUAUCACUCUUAGAAUACGCCGGUGUUUUAAGGCAGUUGGGGCCACUCCCUAGUCCAAAUUAGACUGACUGAAACAUUUUCACUCACAUCCGUGUGACACUAUUUGGUCUGUUAAUUUUGGUUGUUGAAUGCCCAACGGGCGGCCGUAGGUCUCCGAGGAGUGUCCACCCCGUGGCGAGGCGAGCCCCAGGGCGGCACCAGGCUGUGUGCCCCUCUCGAGGCUGCAUCCUCGGUGGGAAGCACGUUUUGGGAGACGAUGUCUCCUUGGCUGUGAGCACACAGAGCCUGUGCCUGUACCACAGUGCAGGGAGGCACCGGGGAGCCCACGCCGCUCGGCGGAGAUGUGCCCGGGGGUCCCCACGGCCCGGCCCCACCAAGCACCCGCGAGGGUGAGCGGGUCGGGGGGGAGCCAGCCAGGCAGGCAGCGCAAUGAAAUCAGGACUUCCAAGUUGCUAAAAAAUGGCUUUUAAAGGGAAGCUGGAGCACAGGGAGCAGGAAAUACAAUUACUGGAUUUCCCCAUUUACAUCCCGAGGUCCGCGGUCAGACAACUGAAUUAGUGGCCUCGUUUUCCGCUCACAGUCGGUGCGGUCAAAGGGAGGCACAGCUUUUUAAGGACCUUUGAGAAGCAGGCUGGUUGCAAAAAGGACAAAUCUUAGGGUCACAUAUGUGAAAAUCUUGGCCAUGAUGUCUCAGGAUAAAGGAGCCUGUAAAGUAACUGUUUUUCUAAUUAAAACGAGUAUGCUUAAAAGUAUUUUAACAUUUUUAUAUUACUCUGUAUGACACUGAGAACUGAGUAUACGCUGAAAGAAGAUGCAAAAGACAAUUUAAAAUCAUCCCUUAACGUUGCACCUUUUAGUUUUUCAGUGACUCCGUACCCACACGCAGACGUAGGAAGAGGGCAGGGGGCUCCGGUAGCACACAAACUGGGAGCAUUGCCCAGUGCCCACAGCCAGCCCACAGCGGUCAGAGGGGGGUCCCCUUCCCGGGGGAGCCCUGAGCCCCCAGACCGGCCCCGUGGGCUGCCCAGCUCCCUCCCGGCCUGAUCUCAUCCCCAGCCCCUCAAUCUGCCCCCAGCCACAGCAGGCAUCUCCUGUGCUUUGGGGGAAAAAGCCACCGCAUCCGCCACACGACCAAAUUCAGCUUCUUCCAGCAAGGAGGGACUCCAGCCCUCUGCACUGGCUGUGAAUAUGGAGAAUUAUAAAACCCUUUUGAAAACCCCUCCUUCUCCCCUAUUUCAUUACCCAGCAUUUUCCGGCUUUUCCUUUUGCAAUGGGCAUUUAGAGCUGUGGAAGGGGCUUGGAUGCUGUCUGGCAUGGCAUGCCGGCCUGCUGGCCACGAGUGACUUCAGACGUGCUUGUGUAGAAACCUCCUGACUGCCGAGUUCCCUUUCCCAGGGCGUAAUUCUGCACCGGCCCUGCUGGCAUCUCCGGCUUCCCUUGUCACAAUUGUCCUGCGCUCACCGCUGUUCGUACAGCAGCGUGUGACUUCUAGCAGCCGUGAUUAUGAAGACAUAGCUGUGUCGUGACGCUAGCGUGUUCUGCCGUGUGGUGCCAUAUGAUUUAUUAUGAAUAUUGCCAUUUAUUAUUUGUGCUGUAGUAGCAGGUGAGGGCCGCGGGCGGGGUGAUGCAGAGCAGGGCAGCCAGCCCCGCUAUCCCCAGUGCCGUGGGGACCCCAGUGCUGAGGGUGGCAGGAUGGCACCCUUGGGCGGUCAGCCCUGCCCUGCUCAGUGUGGUGCCCAGGGGAAUGUGGUGUAACAUGGGGCUGAGCCGAGGGGCCAGGCUGCCCCAGCCCGAAACGCUGCUGGCGGUGAGCAGGAGCAGGGAGCACGCGGCCUAGCUGAGCCCGGCCACAAAGCCUGCUCCGGGUGCCAGAGCACAGCCUAAAACAGCAAAAGAGAACUGUCACGGGGAAGGAAGGGUUCUGCGCUAAUUGCUAAUGAUGUGCGGCGACUAAUCAUCUCUGAUACAAUUUGCCGUGGAGCUGCACAGGGGCUGCCUGUUGGCUAGGGCAGGCGAUUUGCUCUGCGGUCGGCGCGCAGCUGAGCGCACGGCUCGGCCGGGAGCCCGGGGGAGCAAAGGGCCCCCCACACCCUUCGUGUCAGCUUCGUGUCAGGAGAGGUCAUUUUUAAUCAGCAAAUCAAAGAAAUAUGAACAGUUAUCAUUCUGUUUGCUUCAACGUGGAGGCCAAUGCACUCUGUGUGGUUUUCAGCUGCUGGCUCUCAAUGGCAAAAUUGCGCUGGCAGGUCUUGCUUGGCUGCUGCGUGUUCUUUACAUGACAUUACUGCUUUAAAUUAGACGUGCUCGCAAGUAAAUCUCCAUAGCCUAAACACACGGAUUUCCAUCUGUGUGCCUCCGGGGCUGUUUGUGCUGCAGGGAGCGCAGCCCGGCCAAGCUCUGGGGGCACCACACCAGCCCUGCGGGGAGGCUGCGGCUGCUGGGCAGGCACAUGGGACCCCCGGGGGUCCCUGGCAGGGGCUGGCAGCAGAACAGCAGAGGGACUGAGCGAGGGGAGCGGCCGGGGGCAGCUCCUGCCCUGGCAUUGCUGGGAGAGGGGCAGGGAAGGAGCAGCGGCGCUGCCGGGGCCUCUGUCCAUCCGUCCUGGCAGUGCGUGGCUUCUGGCUGCUCAGAGCGACUGCUCUGCAGCACCCGUGUUAGAAGAUAAUCGGUAAACUUAGACGCUGAAACCAAAACCCUAAAUAGCCCCAAGGCAGUUCUUUAAAUUGUCAUCGUUUAUUUUUUUUUUAAAACAUAAACGACUUCCGUAACUGCAAUAAAGCCAGGAGGACGCCCACACGUGCCAUGCCUGUUCUCCCCACGGCUGCCGUCAUUUCUGUGCUGGGCUGUGUUGGAAAGCUGCCUUACACAGCACGGGCUUCGCUUGGCCUCCCUAAUUUGGGCACCUCGUGGGUUCCUCCUGCUCGCAGUGAGGCCUGGCCCGAGGCAGAGGGGGGCCAGGGCACGGUGCCGCUGCGCGGGGGCACAAAGAGGAGCCGAGCGCAGGGAAGGCAGCGUGGAAACGACUGCAAAUAUUCGGAAAUGGGAGCACAGAAAAAUUAUUGACAAAGGGCCAUAUUAUAUCAUUGAUUUUUAAGCAAAACUCCCCAUUGAUUUUUCAGAACCACAUUGAACAUUUCAGAAUCAUUGAUUUUAAUGGGGAGUUCUGCCCCAAAAUCAAUGGCGCAAUACAGCCCAAAGUAAAUUGCUUCUUAGUAUCAAUAUUUUUUGUCCGAGCUGUUGCAAUGUGGAAAACCAUCUUUAAAAUGUGCAUCUUUUGUUUCUGCCUGUUCCCUUAGAUCUCUUUGAAUUCCGCUCUUCCUAGAGACCGAAGGGGAAGGGCAGGCUGUGCGGGCGGCUCUGCUCCCCAGGAGGGUAAAGACCCUCCUGGUUCCUCAGGGCCAGGGCUGGGCUUCUUUCUCAAGCCCCUCUUUCAGGCUGGUUUUCCCGUAGAACCCCACGUUAUGGGUUUGAUCCUUAACCAGGGCAGAAAAUGGCAUUUUUGUUAAAAAAGCGAGCGUGCUCCUGCCUGGCUCGCAGCUGCAGGAAGAUGCCAGCUGCAGCUCUGCGUCCUCAGGACAGCAAAUCCCAGCUGCAUCCCUUAUUGUGCUGGCUAGACUCUUCCUUCGCUUUUGUUUGGCCCCAAAUCUUCCUGUUGCUCUCAAUCUAAAUGAAUUCAUGACGGUUCAGGGAAAAUAUACACUAUUACUGGAUGUCUAGACAAGCAAAUAUAGCUAAAUGAAGGGAUGCGUAAUGCAGCGUGAUCAAUACUCGUAAGUACAAAACAUUUCAGGUUACCAAGUGGAGAGAAGGCCUCCGACUAGCUCCGGGGACAGCCGAGGACGGGAACGGCAGGAGCAGGUGUAGGUAGGAAUGGAAACAGGCGUGUUACCUGCCCUCCUUCCAUGCAUCUUCCUUUUGUGUUUCAGUUGCUUGCAUCUUUUCAGUGAGUGGUAGCAGGAUACAUUUUAAAAGAAAAGGCGUUUUGGCUACCGGUUUUAGUUGUGGAGUAUACCAAAAAGCAAGCAGUCGUGAAAUAUAACUCACUGGGAACGGAGGUUGCAAAAACAAAUGGCUUAGGAAGCAGGUUUGCUGUAAAUGAAUGUGUCUUUAUUCAAAUGCCUGAUGGAGCUGUUUUCGAUAAAAACAUAAAUAUUAAAAAAAAAAAAAAAAAA